AUGACGACAGCCUUCUUGGACCGCGAGAAGGCCUACAAAGAGUGGGAGGGAUUGCUCAAGCGUGCAACUUCGCCUGAGGAAUCUGAAAAGAUUGCCACAGCAAACCAGCUCAACUCGCCCCUACUUCGUCUACCUGGCGAGAUCCGCAAUCACAUCUACACAUACACAGUCACAUCACGUCAGCGUCGCGUGCUCACUUCCAAAGAAGCUCGCGGGAUCACCCUAAAGAACCAGGUCAACUCACCUCUCUUGCGGCUGCCAGGAGAGAUACGCAACAAGAUCUACGCGUACGCGUGUUCCCGCACUCAGGCCGUCUUCAACAACAGUCCUCGAGCCCGCAAGUCCACAGCCAUCAUAUCCACCUGUUCUCAGAUGCGCCAUGAAGCCCACGCCAUCUUCUUCACGCAUGUGACUCUCGAUUUGAGGGCGCUCCUGUUCUCGGAGUUCCCACAGACGCUUCCACACGCGGACUUCCGGCUCGUCACUUCCAUCCAUCUACGAUCGCAGCGGAUUACAAGGCUCCUACGGGAGGAUGAGCAGUUUGUAGCGGAACGACAGGGAGCUAAACUCUUCCCGGAAUUGGAGCGAGUGUAUGUCGCUGGUUGGAGUAAAUCGCGCAUGCCAAAGGAUAGUUUGGGGGUUGACGCGCUACGAACUUGGGCGGGAAAUGCGGACUUGCAAGUGGCCCCCAGCUCAGCGUUCUAG